AUGAAUGAAUCGGGUGAAGGUGAAGGUGAUGGUGAUGAUGCAAUGAUGGUGUUGCUUAGAUCAGAAUCAUCAGCAACAGGUGUGAGUCAGAGGAAGCUUUUCCAGCUCAAGAAAUCAUGUCCCAUAAACUUCGAGACACAGAACUACACGAUCCUGACGAGCCAAUGCAAGGCCCCCGAUUAUCCUGUCGAGCCAUGCUGCUCGGCGUUGAGGCAAUUCGCGUGCCCCUUCCGCAAUGAGUUGAAUGACCAAACCAAUGACUGCUACAAAACAAUGUUCGAUUACAUCAACGGACCCCAUAAAUAUCCCAAUACCCUAUUCACCGGUAACUGCAACGACAACAGGUUUGGCCUCAGCUGCCCGGCCUCAGCACCGUCCCCGGGAGUCGGCACCACCCAUAAAGAAGCUGAUGCUGCUCCAAAACAUUGUGUGCAGCAGCUGCUGGUUGUUCUAAGUUUCAGUAUAGCUGCUGUCUUUAUGUUGUGA